AUGUCCUCCUCAACAGGACCCUCUCCACAACCAUCCUGGAAAAACAAUGCUGAGAGUAUUGCGCAAGACACAGAUUCCAUCGCGGAGUCUGUCUCGUCGGUCAACACCCAAACCGAUCACGAUGCCUUGGGCAAAACUUUGACGGCGCAUGCCUCGCACGCCUCGGGGCACAUGUCGCUAUCGCAACGAGUCACGACCAUCCAAACUAAUGCAACCUCCGAUCCUAACUUCGAGGUGGACUGGGAUGGCGAUGAUGAUGCUCAAAAUCCCAAGAAUUGGAGUUUCUGGUACAAGGCCAUGGCCAUGACGAUGCUCUCAUUUAAUACGCUCGUGGUUGUGUUAUAUUCCACCUCCUACACCUCGGGAAUCACAUUAAUUGCCAAUGAAUUCAACCAAACCGAAACUGUCGUCACGCUGGGCUUAACAUUCUACCUAUUUGGCUUGGCUAUCGGAUCCAUGUUUAUGGCCCCUCUCAGUGAGGUGUAUGGCCGGAAACCCGUUAGCGUAGGCUGUCUGUUCAUGUCAGCCGUCUUGAUUAUCCCCUGUGCCCGCGCCCAGUCAGUUACCACAUUGAUCGUCGUCCGCUUCAUCGGCGCCUUUUUCGGAAGCGUCAUGAUCUCGACUGCGCCCGGAAUGGUCGCAGACCUGGUGGAUGAUGAUCAUCGUGCCCUAGCAAUUUCUGUUUGGAGUAUUGGGCCAUUGAACGGACCGGUUCUCGGUCCUGUUAUCGGCGGGUUUGUCACACAAUAUCUCGGCUGGCGCUGGAUGGACUGGAUUGCACUCAUACUGUCCGCCGUGGCGCUUGUCUUUUCGAUUAUCAUGAGGGAAACCUAUGCACCGGCCAUCCUCCAACGAAAAGCCGCCAAACUACGCAAGGAAAGCGAUGAUUCCCGCUGGUGGUCGCGCUACGACCAGAAGGCAAACCUCACUGAAAUCCUGAAGCUGAAUCUGAGUCGCCCAUUCGUCAUGGCUGUCACCGAGCCCAUCUGCAUCUUUUGGGAUAUCUAUAUUGCCAUCAUCUACGGCAUCCUGUACCUGUGUUUCACGGCCUACCCGAUUAUCUUUCAAGAUAUUCGUGGCUGGGGUUUGGGAUUAUCUGGUCUCGCCUUUUUAGGCAUUGGGAUUGGCACGCUCAUCACCAUCGCCUGCGAACCGCUCAUUCGCCGCAUGAUCAACAGUCACAAAAUCGACCCGGAGACCGGCAAAGUCUACCCCGAGGCAAUGGUCUCCGUCGUGUGCAUCUGCGCCAUUUUGAUUCCUAUCGGCGAACUUUGGUUUGCUUGGACCGGCUCUCCGGCUUCAAUUCCGUGGAUCGUGCCCUUGUUGGCCGGUAUUCCGUUCGGCGCAGGCAAUACAGGAGUGUUUAUCUACGCCUCCAACUACUUGACCUACAGCUAUGGCAUGUAUGCUGCAUCUGCGCUGGCAGGCAACUCCGUCAUUCGCAGUAUCCUUGGAGGUGUAAUGCCCAUUGCCGGCACUUACAUGUACGCCACUCUGGGCCCUAAUUGGUCCGGUACUCUUUUGGGCCUGCUCGAGGUUGUUAUCGUGCCCAUUCCGUUUGUGUUCUACAAGUACGGCCACAAGAUCCGCAUGAGGAGCACCUUGAUCAUUCGCAUGCAGGAGGACAAGAAGAAGUUGGAGGGAAAGCGGAGCCGCCGACGGCCGCAACCUAUUUCUGAGGCGGAAGAGAAGGAGGAAGUAUAG